AUGCCACACUCAACCUCACUUACGCCACGAUCUAAUUCUGGCUCCACACCAAGCGUAGAUACCGCGCAAAGCUGUUCACUUGAAGCGUUCACCAAGCUCGCAGCAUUCAUUAGCGGGGCUCCAUGGACAACCUUAUCAGCAAUCAUGAGUGCUGGAUCGGAGGACCAGCUCAAAGAGACUCUGGCGAGCGUUGACCUUUCAGACCCACAAAUUCAACCCAGCACAUCCGUCACCACAACAUGUCAACUUAUUCACAAGUGGCUAGAAAGAUACGGCCAACGUUCAGCAGCUAGCAGGGACCUCAUCCCGUUAUCUCUGCUUCUUCUCCUCAAAUUUGGAGUCCAGAAUGGCGCCACAGGUGCACUGCUGAAGUGCAACGAUAGCGUUCGGCUUGUCGUUGCUUUGAAGAUCGCGUUUGGGAAUACCUCCGAUAGCUGGAUGACGCUGAAGCCUUGGGAGAAACAGACUGGUGUUUUAGCCGAGCUUAUCACGAAAGCUGAACCCUUAUUCCUAGGGGUAUUAGACUGGGGGACAUGGGUGCAAAACGACGAGUUCACUGACUUCGUGGCGAGGUUGGACAUGCUUUGGGCUAUAGUAUUCAAUAAAUACGAAUCGUAG